AGUUGUAGAGAUCUGUCCGUCUCAUCUUCUCUCUCUCUCUCUCUCCCUCUCUCCCUUUCUUUAGAGGUUUUGCCCUCUCCAGUCCCGUAGAGAAUCAAGAGGCCACUACCAUUCUCAUCUCAACGAUAGUACUCUCUUCAGAUUCUGGUAGUACAUCUUAAUUCAGAAAACAUCUGUCACUAUGGCUCUCAACGAGAUUGCUUUGGGCAGGAGGUCCGAGGCCACUGAGCCUGACGCCUUGAAGGCGGUAUUCGCUGAAUUCAUCGCCACCUUCCUCUUCGUUUUCAUCGGUGUGGGCUCGUGCAUCGCUCAUUCAAAGCUAGACUCCGGAGCACUGGACGCUGCUGGCUUGGUCUGCAUCGCUAUCGCCCACGGUUUGGCAAUCGUCGUGACGGUGGCUGCCACUGCCAACAUCUCAGGAGGACAUGUGAACCCUGCUGUGACCUUCGGUCUUGCAGUCGGUGGUCACAUCACCCUCAUCCGGGGUGCUUUCUACUGGAUCGCUCAGCUCCUCGGUGCCACGCUCGCUGCCUACCUGCUCAAGGGCGUCAUCAUCACCACCGGACUGAGCAUGCCCCUUCACGAUUUGGGAGCAGGAGUCAGCGUUACAGGAGGACUCGUUCUCGAGAUGGUGCUCACCUUUGCGUUGGUCUUCGUCAUCUACGCGACCGCAGUCGACGGUAAGAGGGGACAGAUCGGAAUCAUUGCACCGCUGGCCAUCGGAUUCACAGUGCUGGCCAACCACUUCAUCGGUGUGCCAUUCACCGGAGCCUCCAUGAACCCAGCUCGCUCUUUCGGACCCGCCUUCGCCGCCAUGGACUUCCACAACCACUGGAUCUACUGGGUCGGUCCUCUGCUCGGAGGAGGUUUGGCUGGAGUCGUGUACGAGCUCGUUUUCAUGACCACCGAGACCGGACACGUCCCCCUCGACAAUUCAUACUAAGCAGCUGCUGCUGCUACUGCGGCUGUGGCGCUGCAAUUAAGAACUUGACUCAACUGAAUCACCUGUUCAUACAGAUCGUGCUACACAUUAAUUCGCUGCAUCAUUGUUGCAUCCGUACGAGCAUGGCAGCUGCUGAUGUCCAUCGUUCGGCCGAUUUACAACAAUGAGAAAUGCAUCGCUGAACCCUUUGCGCGCUUGGUUGUAAAGAAAUGUGAAUAGACUGUGGAGGUUCUGUUUUCGUAUAAGAGAGAACAGAGAGAUCGUCAAAGAUCUCUUUGUCUGUUUCUUGUAGGUGAUUUUGUGAGUUCAGUCCUUACGGCUUUUGCACCAGUUGCUCUGUAAAAAUGACCAUAAACAGGGCCAAGCCCCGAUUUCAACAUCAAAAGUUCA